AUGCUCGCAGCGACCACCCCCCUCCGGACCGCGCGCCUCGCGGCCCUCUUCCUCACCUUCGCGUUCGGCGUGAUCGGCUUCGCGACGGGCAUUAACGCGCUCGUGAAGUCAAACGACCAAAAGGACCUCGUCAAGAACCAGGCGCCGCUCGGCGCGGUCGUCACCAUCGACACCGGCGACGUCUUCAAGGUCGGCUGCGUCGUGACCGCCGUCUGCGCCGCGCUGGCGGCGCUCUCCCUCGCCUCCCUCGUCCUCCUGCUCUUCACGCGCCCCGCGAAGAGCGGCGCGGCGCUCUCGACGCGCACGCUGCCGCUCCAGGGCGGGCUGUUCGCGUUCCUCACGCUCUGGCUGUUCGCCGCGUUGGUCGCGAUGACGGACUUUGUCGCGAACAGGGAGGCGAAGGUGACCGCGUUCAUCGGGACCCUCCAGCUGCAGCCCGCCGUGAUCAAGACGGUCGAGGCGCAGCUCGGCGUGACGUCCGUGUACCGCGAGAUCGACUACCUCAGGCUUGCCGUCAUCCUGCCGUGGAUUGCGUUCCUCUUCGGCGCGAUCUCGACCGCGUUGUCUUUCGCUGCCGCGCGGCGUGCGCGUCACGUAUCGGCUGCUCCGGUUUCGGCUCCAGUUGCCGCGUCGGAACCUGCGCCCAGCUUCAAGGGCAAGAAUGAAGCGAACGUCGAGCAGGUGCAGGUGUAG